AUGGAUUCUGUCACUGACCCUUACGUUGCUCGUCUCUUCAAUGCGUGCCAAACUAAACUUUUUUCUAAUCCAGCACCACAAAACGAACUACCUCUUCGAAAUAUCCUACUCAACUCGAGACUGUGGAGUAAAAUUCAUCAAUAUCAAACGGUGGGUGUCAUGACAAGUUCGUCCGAGACCGUCUCAGAGGCAUGGUUAUCGAGUGAGCAGGAUGGGAUGGACGCCAUUGAAAGCCACGACCAUGACGUUGUUGAAAAGGCGAGCCGCCAAAAUGAGAGAGACGAAAAAGACGAAUCAUCACUCGAGCAUAUUGAUUUACUUUGCGGAGUUCCGCCCUCGCCGUCACAAAAAUCGGGAUCUGAACCGCCAGGCGACGUGUGUGAGGCGGCCGGCCAUUUUGACUGGGGUUGGCUGGAGAAUGACGAAGCAUUUAAUAAUUUGAAUCAUCCUCCUCAUCCAGUGACGAGCGAUUUGACGAGAAAGGGUGGCUCGUCGUCAUCGUCUUCAUCCUCCGUGUCCCUCUUAUCGCAUACUCCUCCCACAUCUUCCGAACCAGUGCUCGAAAAACAUCAUGAUUUGACUUCGUUCCUCGAUUUAAUCCACUCGGAAUCUCCUCAACAUCCUAAACCCGAACAACGAAUGGAUCGGAAACGAGCACGUCCAGAUGGGGAAAGUAUCAGCGACAACGAGGAGUGUUCUACCAUCACCACCCACAAAUUGAAAAGACAUCAGCCGCAGCCGCUUCAUCAUACACAGGAUCAUGAAGACAGACAUUCCGUAUCCGAGGAACCGUCCUCAUCCUCUUCUUCCUCCUGUCCAACCCUAGCUUCAGAUACCCUUACAUCUAAUUCUUUGAUUGUCAUGGCCUCCAAUUCAACCGCUCAGUGUAGUAUUCCGGCUGGCCCGGCGACCUCUUCCACCGCUUCUACGACAGCGACCACCAGUCCUGUCUUACUGAGUGCAUGA